CCCUAACCUUAACCACACUGCUAACGUUAUGCCCAACACUAGCCUUAAAUUCAGACCAAAAAUCACAUUUUUGUUUCACGAAUUUUUACGAUAUAGCCAAUUAUGACUUUUUGGCUUUGGUAACUAGUGGAAUCCCUCUAACUCACUCACACGGUCAGUAUCUGUCGGAGAGAGUCGCUUUCAGCAGAACCGACUGUUGUGUCUGUGGGAUUCAUUUCAAUGAUGAGCUACAGACAGACACGCUUUCCUGCAUCUCCCAUUCUCUAUCUAACUGCAGUAUAUUCGUGUAUUUGCAAGCUUGCUGUGGAUUCUAUCAUACUGUUGAGUCUUCUACGGGUGUAGUCAGAGGCAACGGAACGCCUGAACUAAACGAGCCGCUGAAGUCUCAUCUCGGCGGGGGUCGCAUUUUGUAUAGUACCCCAAAGAACCCCCCCAAAAAACAAAGAAAUAUGGAGAAGUUGGAAAAUGGAAACAGAUCAGAGGAAAAGUGUGAAUCUCACGAGGAGGAAGAGUUGGACCCCAGGAUCCAGGGGGAGUUGGAGAAGUUGAACCAGUCUACAGAUGACAUCAACCGCUGGGAGACAGAGCUGGAGGACUGUCGCCAGAGGUUCCGUGCGGUGCUGGUAGAAGCCACAGUGAAGCUGGAUGAGCAGGUGAAGAGAAUCGGCAGAGCUGUAGAAGACUCCAAACCUUACUGGGAGGCCAGGAGAGUGGCUAGACAGGCCCAGCUGGAGGCCCAGAGGGUGACGGGGGAGUUUCAGAGGGCGGUGGAGAUCCUGGGGGCGGCUAAAGAGACCAUCGCCCUGGCAGAGGAGAGACUCCUGGAGGAGGACAGCAGACAGUUUGAUUCAGCCUGGCAGGAGAUGCUCAACCACGCCACCAACAGGGUGAUGGAGGCGGAGACGGCGAGGACUCGUAGCGAAUUAGAGCACCGAAAGACGGCGAACCACUACAACGCCUGCAUCAGUCAUAUGAGACAGCUGGAGAAGAAACUAAAACGCACCAUCAACAAGUCCAGGCCAUAUUUUGAACUGAAGGCAAAAUACUACCUACAACUUGAGCAACUAAGACGACAUGUAGACAAGUUUCAGGCCAAGCUGACCGUUGCCAAGGCAGACUACCGCACAACGCUGCAUCACCUAGAGACCAUCUCCGAGGAGAUCCACUCCCGGCGACACUCCAUCACCAUGGGAACCAGAGGGAGGGGCGUGGGGGCUGAGGGGGAGGGGGGAAAUGAGGACAUCACCAACUUCAAGAUGGAGUCAGACGGACUGUCCUUGGCAUCUGUGACGUUUGAUGAAGGCGGUAACUGUGGUGGAUCAGAGGAAGAGACAAAAACACACUCCACUUCCACUCCCCUCGAUAUGCCCUCCUCUUCUCUCCAUCCCUACCCCUCCACCCCUCUGGACCUGCCCUCCUCCUCAUUCUCCACCCCCUCUGCCUACCUCUCCCCCUGCCCAUCCCUUAUGUCCUCGUCCUGUCCCAGUGCCAUGGAGGGACACAGUCCAGGCGGCUGGCUAAGCCCAGAGUGGAGGUGUGGUUCUCCUCUCCUCGGUCCACGCUCUCAGUGCAGUGGAGCCUCCUCCCCAGACUGCGACCAGGAAAGAGGUGUGUGUGUAUGUGUUUUUCCGGUGACUUUGUGUCUAUAAAUGUGUUAACUGUUU